CAGGCUAAUUGCUUGAUAAAUAUCAUCGUAUCCCAAUGACGUGGGUCGAUGCUCAUUAUGUCAAUAACUGGAUUGUCUGGUCCAGACUGGAUUGUUUACAGGCCGCCGUCAUAUAGUCGGAAUAUUGCUGAAUGCGGCGAAUGCAGGAUUAAUGAAGACAAAUUUUUGAAUGCUUUUACAAUCCUUAUUUGGUUGAUAUAAGAAUUCAUGUUGCCAACUAAAACAAACAAUUAAUUUAAGCUAGCUUCUCAGCUGUUUCGUUUCAUGUUUCAUCCAGUCUCACACAUAUAUAAAUGAGCGUACAGUUGUUUUUAUGUAGGGUCAUAGGAGAUAUUGAAAUAGGAUAUCAGUAUUCAACACAUACAGCAUAAAUCCAUAGUUAUAUUUAUCAACAAGUUUUGAAACACAGCUGUCCAUCGAAGGUUGAUCAAUGAGAUGUCAAUAGUAACGUCCCCAUUGGGGUACAUUCUUCACUCACAGACUCAAGUGUAAAUUUGUGAUUGUAAAUGCAGCCUAUCGUGAGAUAAAUACUCAUUCAGCCAGCAUAUACCUACUCAUAGAGAUGACACUAUCUCAAUAGAUAUAUGGAAAAGAACACCGCCCUGUAGAAGUAAAUAGGGAUAUUCCUUCAUCGCACAGAUCCAAACGCGAUCAGGGCCAUGUAUCAUUACAUCAAUAAAUCAUGAAGGAAUAGUAAAACACGUAAAUAUAUACGUUAAAUCUCGUGUAUUGAAAUCAGUAAAUGCUACCAUGCUAUAAUCAGAGGCUUAACAUCAGUAAUCAUACGUACUGAGGGAAACAAGUAAGAGAUUACCUGUAGCGUAUCGCACGUGCCACAUAUGCAGGUUUUGUGUUCAAGUAAAACGAAACAAGAGAUUAUUCAGCAUGCAGUGAACAUAUCUGAUACUAACAUUACACUCCGUGACUUCGAUUUGUGAUCUGAUGCUUCUGACCACAACAGUAUACAUGACUUUUUUUAUUUAUUUUUUGUAACACACGGAGGCCACAGGAAUCCUGCUGGUGUAAGACUGGUGUAACACCUACAUGUUUCUCGGGCUCAAGAUGUUUACAUGACGGUGUGUUGAUUUGCCCGUUCGGAUUACUUUGAAAUACUGAUGUCGACGUCACGGGCUGAGAAAGUGACUGAAUUCCUCACCUGUGUGAUCUGCCAGGAACUGUACAUAGACCCCUGUACACUGCGGUGUGAUCACACAUUCUGCAGGAAAUGUGUCACAGGGUACAUCCAAACCAGACAAGAUGCUGUACAGUCCAAGACGAUCCCCUGUGCCUUCUGUCGACAAGAUACCAAGGUCCCCGACCCCAGCCGGCCAGUGGAGGAGUGGGCGGGGCAGAUCAAACCCAGCAUCAUUAUACAGGGGCUGAUUGACACACAAGCUGGCGUUGUCGAAACAGGUUCCGCUUCACGUUGCUCAGUGUGUGAGAAGUUAGGGGAGAAAACUCAGGGAGCCUCAUGGUGUUCUGAGUGUCAAGUGUCCCUCUGCGAAAGAUGUGUCAAGAUACAUCGUGCAAGUCCAGCAUCACAUGACCAUGAGAUCUGUGACCUUUCAGGGGAGGUCAAGGUGAAGAGGAGGCGCAAGGUCAUAUGCAGGGAACAUAAGGAUGAGGUUAUAAAGCUUGUGUGUAAAGACUGCCACAAAGCUGUGUGUCAGACAUGUUGUGUUGUUUACCAUCGGAAAUGUGAGUCUGUCGUUACCAUUCAGUCAAUGUUGCCAAACCUGAAAUACCAUUUAAGAAGGCAUGCUAAACAGUUAUCAAAGAAAAUAUAUAGAAAAGAAACAAUUGUUAAGAAAACAGACGAGAAAAUUAGCGGAAUUGAGAAAAACAAAAUAGCAGUCGAAAAUCACAUUAAAUCUGCUGUUGAGAGAGCCAUCGCCAACAUCAAGCAGAAAGAAAAACAGCUGAUGAAUGAAGUCAAGGAUAUUACAGACAAACAAACUAAGCAACUUAAAGCAGUUGUUAGACUUGAAGAGAUUGAGAUGCAGAUGUACAGACAACAUUGUGAGUUCAUUGACCAGGCCUUGGUAUCGGACUGUGAGAUGGACCUGUAUGACGCCUAUCAGGCCUGGGAGUCGGGGGCUGUAGAGUUGGGGGAUGUCAGGGACACAGACACAGAAGACACACCGAGAAUAGAUGACAUCAGGUUUACACCUGACACUGACAACGUCCAGCACAUCCUAGAUGACCUACAGCUGGGGAAGAUUGAGGUCGCAUACCAGGAUCAGGGUACAUGUCUGCCGUCUCCAGUGCUGGUUGACCAGAUAGAUGGGAGGAUAGUGGGUGAUGAGGGGGGGCCUGUGCUACUUGACGUCACAGUCCUGGUUGUAGAUGGUUUACAGACAUGUGUUGUCACUGACUACGUCAACGAGUGUGUGAAAUCUUUGUACACCAGAAACAACUUGACAUGCCACAGUACACUUACCCUGGGUGACUCUCCAUGUCGUGUAACACAGUUGAAUGAGAACCAGGUGAUGGUUUCUGUCCCUGACAUAUGGAAGAUUGUAACAAUAGAGGUGACCCCUGACCUGGUGCUGCUCUCUACCAACACAACAAGCAAGGAAUACUACAGUCUCGCUGUUCUGAGUCCCUCAUGUCUAGCAGCAGGUACUACCAACUGUGUUGAUAUCCUGGACAUGGCAGGACACGUGCUGAGGUCAGUUACUACACACAACAAUGAGACACUGUUUACACGCCCCGACUACAUGUGUGUCAACAACAAGGGCAAUAUACUCGUGUCUGACAGGGAUGAGCAGUCUGUGACAUGUGUGACGUCAGAGGGGGGUGUCGUGUGGAGAUACGCCCCUACUGGAGGCAGAGCACUCAGACCUUAUGGUAUUUCAACUACUACAACUGGAGACAUCCUGCUUGCAUGCAGUAACAAGGUGAUACGGCUGACAGAGACAGGGGGUUAUGUCACAGAUCAUCAGGACAUUGGCUGUGAUCCAUAUGGAUUGUAUGUAGAUAGACAUGACACACUGUAUGUUUGUGGUGGAGAUCAGAUACACGAAGUCAACUUUAUGUAGUCACAUCAAUAAUUGCAUGAUUUCAAUCAUCACUAUCGCUGGUGUUAAAUUCUCUAUAACAACUCAAAAUGGACUCUUCCGAUUGGGGUGUUAAUGAUCAUACAAAGGUGUAUCCACAUACAUUAUUUCCACAUCAUUACAUAUCACAUUAUGUGUUUAGCAACCUGGUUCUCUUUAUUAAAUCGCCUCCGUGUUCUAGUAAGUACGGUGUCGGCCGGGAAGGCGAAAAGCCCGUGGUUCGAUCCCAAUCAGCUCAAGAGAUACCAAUACUUCACUCUAUUCUUAGUAGAUAUGAUAUGGUUUACUUGUUAUUUAAGUGCUCACUUUACUACUUGGACCAGUGGAUGGUCACUUGAUAUACUGUUUUAAUGACACUAAUGAGUUCCCAAAUCUUGAGACCAUCAGCGGGUUCCCGGGUCGGGUUGGUAACCCGGGCUGUAGAUUUGGACUCGUCCCAGGUCCAUUCAGUAGCAUGUUAGGUACGUGGUACAUUGCACCGUAGUCAUAGAUCGUUUUUACUUUACUAGAUAGUAGAUAGGGUGUUCCAUGUAGGAUGUUUGUGAUGUCAUGAAGUUUGUUUUGUGGAACGUUAUAGUGAGCCACUUAAUAACAAAUAGCUCCUGCAUCAUACCUGUACGGAGGAACACUUCUACAAUUGUGUAAUUGUGUCCAUAUCUAUAAUGAUUAUAAUAGUGUUGUAGGCAUAGCUCAUUUCAUUGUUCAAUUGUCAAAAAAUAAACUGUAAGUGAUUCCAUGUUAUUGUUCGCCUAAAAAUGAAAUUAUGUUUGUGCGUCAGCUCCAUAAUCAGAGACCAUGAAAUAGAUUUAGUUUACUCUGCAUAAACUGAACAAACAUUAGGCCACGCACACCCUCGGAUUUGUUUCAUGACUGGCUGAUAAUAGAGUUGGCAGAUCUUGUGUUGCACUAUUGAGCU